AUGUAAUUUUUAUGUUGGCGAGACUGAUUAUCACUGUAAGUAGUGGGAAUGCGUCGUGGGAAAGCCGAUCAUUUCCUCUUUUACAUUUGCAUGUCGUAGAUGGUAGUCGUUUUAAAAUAAUUGUAUAAAGAAAAAUGGUGAACGGCAGAGUACCUAAUGUAUGUUCAAAAACGUACGUGACGCCUAGACGUCCGUACGAAAAGGCGCGUCUCGAUCAGGAAUUGAGAGUUAUCGGCGAAUACGGAUUAAGGAACAAACGCGAAGUGUGGCGUGUCAAGUACACAUUGGCCAAAAUUCGAAAGGCUGCCCGAGAACUUUUAACCUUGGAAGAGAAGGAUCCGAAACGUCUUUUCGAAGGUAAUGCGCUUUUGCGUCGGCUGGUUCGUAUCGGAGUACUGGACGAAAAUAGAAUGAAGCUCGAUUAUGUCUUGGGUUUGAAAAUUGAAGAUUUCUUGGAACGUCGCCUUCAAACUCAAGUUUUCAAGUUGGGACUUGCAAAGUCGAUUCAUCAUGCUCGCGUUUUGAUUAGGCAGAGACACAUUCGCGUACGCAAGCAGGUUGUGAAUAUUCCUUCCUUUGUUGUUCGUUUGGACUCUCAAAAACACAUUGACUUCUCUUUGAAAUCGCCAUUCGGUGGUGGACGUCCAGGACGUGUUAAGAGGAAGAACCUCCGUAAGAGUGCGGCUGGUGGUGUUGUUGAAGAAGAAGAAGAUUAAACUGUAAUAUUUUACAAUAAAGACCUUCUAUAGUAA